AGCUCGGAGCGCAGAAAAGAGAAGUCAAGAGAUGCAGCGCGGUGCCGACGGAGCAAGGAAUCAGAAGUAUUUUACGAGCUUGCUCAUCAGCUGCCUCUGCCCCACACUGUGAGCGCACACCUGGACAAGGCGUCCAUUAUGAGACUGACCAUCAGCUACUUGCGCAUGAGAAAGCUGCUGGAUGCUGGUGAGCUGGAGACAGAAGCCAAAAUGGAGAAGGAACUGAACUGUUUCUACUUGAAAGCUCUUGAUGGAUUUGUCAUGGUUCUGUCCGAAGAUGGAGACAUGAUUUACAUGUCUGAAAACGUGAACAAGUGCAUGGGACUCACUCAGUUUGAGUUGACAGGGCACAGCGUAUUUGAUUUCACUCAUCCAUGCGACCACGAAGAGCUGAGAGAAAUGCUUACACACAGAAACGGUCCUGUGAAAAAGGGCAAGGAGCAAAACACGGAGCGCAGCUUUUUUCUCAGAAUGAAGUGUACGCUGACUAGCAGGGGAAGAACAGUGAAUAUAAAGUCUGCUACCUGGAAGGUACUGCACUGCACUGGACACAUCCGUGUAUACGACACGUGCGGUAACCAAACGCACUGUGGCUACAAAAAGCCUCCCAUGACGUGUCUGGUGUUGAUCUGUGAGCCUAUUCCUCAUCCAUCAAACAUUGAGGUCCCCUUGGACAGUAAAACGUUCCUCAGUCGUCACAGUCUCGAUAUGAAAUUUUCCUAUUGUGAUGAAAGAAUUACAGAAUUGAUGGGGUAUGAGCCAGAGGAACUCCUGGGUCGCUCAAUCUAUGAGUACUAUCAUGCGCUGGACUCUGACCAUCUGACCAAAACACACCAUGACAUGUUCACAAAGGGGCAGGUGACAACAGGACAGUACAGAAUGCUCGCUAAACAAGGUGGCUAUGUCUGGGUUGAAACUCAAGCAACUGUUAUCUACAACACUAAGAAUUCUCAGCCACAGUGCAUAGUGUGCGUGAACUACGUGUUGAGUGGAAUUGUUCAGAAGGACUUGAUUUUUUCCCUUGGACAAACUGAGUGUAUGUUGAAACCAGUGGAGUCUCCCGAAAUGAAAAUGACCAAAAUAUUCAGCAAAGAUGACCUGGAUGACACCAACAGCCUUUUUGAGAAACUUAAACAGGAACCAGACGCUUUAACCGUGCUGGCCCCAGCUGCUGGAGACACAAUUAUCUCUCUGGAUUUCAGCAGUAAUGAGUCUGAUGAACAACAAUGUGAUGAAGUUCCUUUGUAUAACGAUGUAAUGCUCCCCUCAUCCAGUGAGAAAUUGCAGAAUAUAAAUAUGGCAAUGUCCCCACUGCCUGCCUCUGAAACUACAAAGCCACUUCGUAGCAAUGCUGAUCCUGCACUCAAUAGAGAAGUUGUAUCAAAGCUGGAGCCUAACACAGAGCCACUCGAACUUUCUUUUACCAUGCCUCAGGUGCAGGAGCGACCAGCCAGCCCUUCUGACGCAAGUACCAGCCAAAGCUCACCCGAGCCCAGUAGUCCCAACGACUACUGCUUUGAUGUGGAUAAUGAUAUGGCUAAUGAAUUCAAACUGGAAUUAGUGGAGAAACUCUUUGCGAUAGACACAGAAGCAAAAAAUCCAUUCUCUACUCAGGAAACUGAUUUAGACUUGGAGAUGUUGGCUCCUUACAUCCCAAUGGAUGACGACUUCCAGUUGCGCUCCUUUGAUCAGCUGUCUCCGCUGGAAAGCAGCUCUUCCGGCCCUCAAAGUGCAGCCACCAUUACCAUAUUUCAGCAGACUCAGACACCACCAAGCACUGCUGAUGAAAUAAAACCAGCUACAGAACGCGUGGAUGAUGUGAAGACGAUAAUUGUUCCUUCAUCUCCUGGCCACUUAAUCAACGAAACGAGUAGUGCCCCAGCGUCACCGUAUGGGGGGAACAGGAGUCGAACUGCGUCUCCGAUCAGAGCAGGAAAAGGAACAGUGGAUCAGACGGAAAAAUCCUGUCCGGCAACCCCCAGUUUGCUAACAGUCACUCUGAACAAAAGAUCUACUGCACUGGAUGAAGAACUAAAUCCAAAGAUGCUAGCUUUGCAUAAUGCUCAGAGAAAACGAAAAAUGGAACAUGAUGGUUCACUUUUUCAGGCAGUUGGAAUUGGGUCUUUAUUCCAGCAGACAGGUGACCGUGGAGGAAAUGCAUCACUUGCUUGGAAACGUGUAAAGGGAUGCAAAACAAACGGUCGUAAUGGAGUGGAGCAAAAGACAAUCAUUCUACUAUCAACUGACAUAGCCAGUAAACUGCUAGGGCAGUCGAUGGACGAAAGUGGACUACCCCAGCUCACGAGUUACGACUGCGAAGUAAAUGCUCCCAUCCAAGGCAACAGAAACCUGCUACAGGGGGAAGAACUGCUCAGAGCUCUGGAUCAAGUUAACUGAGCUUUCACAAUACUUGUUCCUUUCUUGGACACUGGUGAAUCAUCACCUAAAGCAGUCUAUUUAUAUUUUCUAUAUCUGAUUUUAGAAGCCUGGCUACAGUACUGCACUAAUUCAGUUAGUUCAGUUUUGAUCCCCUUUCUACUUAUUUUGACAGUCUUUUUAAUAUGUUCUUUACCUAACAGUAACUCAAACUAUAGCGCAUUUUUAUAAUCCUUUGGUACAUGCACUCUUAAGUCCAUUACAUUUAAAACACAUUUGCAAUAGCAGCUUUGAAAUAUGCACCUGGUUGUAAAAGAAAAAUAUUUAUUUUUUGGCUGGGGAGUUGGUCACCAAAACUCAUCAUUAGUGAAACGUCAACACAGGAAGAACUGGCAAUACUUCCAUCCUGCUCUUCAUAGGUAGCUGGAAAACUCGUGCGCUCUUAACUCUUUAUGUUCAGAUAAGUUUUUUAUUUUAAUAGUUUUUAUAAGAAACAACAAUGCUUUUCAGCAGUGCAUUGUAGCCACAAUCGCACAAUAUAUUUUCUUAAAAAAUACCAGCAGUUCCUCAUGCAAUAUAUCCUGCAUUUAUAAAACCUAGUUUUUAAGAAGAACCUUCUUUUGUUUGCCUACGAAAUCAUGUUUAAACCUGGAUUAUGUCAUUAUUUUAGUCACUUGUAAUAUAAAUUGUUCUUAAAUGCUGUCUUACGCUUUUGACUUAAAUGAGUGUGGUUAGUCAGAGGAAAGGCUUUAUCUGGAAAGGGCUAGCAGCAUUUCAUUUGGAUACGUUCUCAAUUUAGAGAGUUUGAUGUUCUUAAAGUAGUCACUUUGCCAGCUUAAAAAAAAAUAAAUUCCCUGCCUGUAGUUGUUGAAGUUAACGCUAAUAUUGUAUAUGAUCUUAAGUCUAAAUGUUCAGCUUACCCUGUGUGGUAUAGGUGAUAUUUCAAGCAGACUGUAAAACAUCUUGCGUUGUUAGCAGAGUUUUAUCUAGUACAUCAUUGAGUUGCUCAAUAUUUUGAUGUCUUGGUUUUAUGCACCUUGUUGCUAUUAAAAUCCAUAUGUUUUCAUGUAGAUUUCAAUAACUUGAAUAUAUUUAGAAGCCUUUUUAUUUAGAAAUAUAUAGUUGUCACACACAUCUUAUUUUCCUUUAUGUACUGUACAAAACCUCCAUUCACUCAUCCUUUUGCUCUUUGUGGUUGGAUCUAACACUAACUGUAUUGUUUUCUUACAUCAAUAAACUACAUGUGGACCAGGCCCCCUUGGGGAGUGUGUUAUCUGGGAAAUGAGAUAAUUUAUAUUUUUGUUAGUGGUUCUUGUUCAUCCGUGUUCCCUUUUGAACUUUAGAGUUGAUCGGAAAUCACCGCUUCCUCCUUUUGAUUGUACCAUCUCCGCGUUAAUUAUUUGAGCCUGUUCAGUACUGGAGUCUCCUAGACACUGUUGUACUACCGCUCGCCAAAGAUGUUCCGUUUUUAGACCUGUUAUCACACCAGUGAGCAAACCUGACGCUGACAAGACGGUGUAUUUGUGUUGCUGCAGAGGGGAAAGAUUCUUCCUUACCAACCGCUCCGAGGCUUGGCUCUGGAAGCUUUAUCAAGGUAACAGUGGAAAGCAGGAAACAGUAAAAUUCACAGGAGUGAUCAAUUGAGGAUGGAUGUUUAUCACAAAACUGCAUGAUUCCAAAAUUCAGUUGGUACUUAAUGAUAAAAAUUGUUGUACGUUCUUGUGCUGUUGACUUUAACUUUGGCUAGGUGACUUUUCUCAUUUUGCUGUCAUAAAAAACUGCUGAUACAAUCUUGUAAUAUGUAAAUACGGUCAAAAUAGUCGUGCGUUCUUCAAACUACUUUAAAAAAAUCCCUUAUCUCAGUGUAAGAAAUCAAAUGUGGAGUGUCACAAGAAUUAUUCUGGUUUUAUUUUGAAAACUUCAGUUUCACUGGACUCGUGUCUGUUGAAAUCAAUGUAAUAGCACAUAAGCUUAACCUGUUUUUAAAAAAUUAUUGUUACUGUUUCACUGAAACAAGCACUUUUCACUGUAAUAAACUAAAGGGAGAGUGCCAGCUACUUGUUAAAGAUAAGGUACUGGUAGCAGAAGACGGUUGUAUACUUAAGGUUUGAGUAGAAGGUGCACAAAGAGAGGAGAAAGCAUGUA